ACUGAUAUUUGAUAUACAGAGAAGGAGAAACAGAGAGAGUGAGGGAGAGGGAGAGGAAGAGAGAGAGUUUGAUGGGUUGUAAUCUUCAUCGUCUUCUACACUGUUCCUCCUCUCUGUUUGCUAUCUACCACUGCAAAAAGCCCUGCUUAGGCUACUGUUCUUCUUUCUACCAUUCAAAACUUUGAUCAACUAACUUUACCAUUCUAAUUCUGUCUGAUUGAUUGAGCUAAGAACUUUUUAAGCCAUGAGUCUCUGCUCUUACAUCCACGACCAUUGUUGUACCCUGUUUACAUUUAUUCUUCUCUUCAAUUCUAAAGGUAUUUCAGGUGCUACAUUCAAUUUCGUGAACAAAUGCGAUUACACUGUAUGGCCUGGAAUCUAUGGCAGCCCCAAAUUGGACAGUACCGGCUUCGAGCUCUCAAAAGGUAGCUCUCGUUCAUUCCAGGCUCCGACAGGCUGGUCGGGUCGGUUCUGGGGCAGAACAGGUUGUGAUUUUGACAAUUCAGGUCAGGGAGUCUGCGCCACUGGCGAUUGUGCGUCCGGACAACUAGAGUGCAACGGCAUGACAGCCGCGCCGCCAGCCACUUUAGCCGAGUUCACGCUCGGUUCCGGCUCGCAGGACUUCUAUGAUGUGUCACUCGUCGACGGGUACAAUCUCCCGAUGAUGAUUGACGUGAGUGGUGGCUCCGGUACUUGCGCGUCAACAGGAUGCGUGGAGGACUUGAACCGUCGUUGCCCGGCUGAGCUUAAAGCGGAUGGCGGUGGAGCUUGCAAGAGUGCCUGCGGCGCGUUUGGGAGUCCUGAGUAUUGCUGUAGCGGCGCAUACGGUUCACCUUCUACUUGUAAGCCGUCGAUAUACUCCGAAAUGUUUAAAAGCGCGUGUCCACGAUCGUAUAGCUACGCAUACGAUGAUGCUACGAGUACUUUUACGUGUACUGGAGCUGAUUAUACGAUCACGUUUUGCCCUAACUUGCCCACUCCAAAAUCUGCAAUGGACCCACCUCCCAAGCCAACAACAACAACAACAACGGAUGGGUCUGGGUCCGGGUCCGAGUCCGAAUCUGGAACAGGGUUCAGGCCAGUAGAAGAGAGUGAACUGGCUAGUUCAUGGCUAGCAAACUUGGCCACUGGAGAGUCGAGCAAUUCUGGACCUUUAUGGAGCGUACAAUAUUCUAUUUUUGUGGGAAUUUCUCUUUUCCUAUGCUUUAUUCACUUUUUUAUAGUUCUCUUUAUGUAUUGAUAAGAAGAGAAUCCCAACUAUUCCCAUAUCUUCCAUAUUUUAAGGUUAAAAUUCAUGGAAAGCAUUUUUAAUUUAGAAAUAGAAUGUGCCUGUUUUUGA